GUUGCUUUCACUGUGUGUGUGUGUAAGAGACAGGAUGAGCCACAGCAGAGACACAAUGGUGAAAUCAUGCCCAAUGAAUGGUGGAGAUGACGAGUAUAGCUACACCAAAAACUCCAUGUUUCAGAAAGAAACCAUAAGUGCUGCAAAGGAGAUUAUUGAUAAGGAAAUUGCUCAGAAGCUUGACGUAAAAAAUCACCUUUUUGCUUCAAGUUCAAGCUCAUUUCGCAUAGCGGAUUUGGGAUGUUCAGUUGGACCAAAUACCUUUAUUGCUAUGGAAAAUGUGAUUGAAGCUGUCAAACACAAGUAUCAAUCCCAAGGUCUCACUUCCCAAAUCCCAGAAUUUCAAGUGUUCUUUAAUGAUCAAGACUCGAAUGAUUUCAACACUCUCUUCAGGUCUCUGCCUCCCAAAAGGCCAUACUUUGCUGCUGGGGUGCCAGGGUCUUUCCAUUACCAGUUGUUCCCCACGUCCUCUCUCCAUUUCAUACAUGCUUCCCAUGCAUUACAUUGGCUCUCUCAGGUGCCAAAUGAGGUGGUAGAUGAGAACUCUCCUGCUUGGAACAGGGGCAAAAUUUUCUACCUUAGUGCACCAGAAGAAGUGGGCAAAGCUUACGCUGCUCAGUUUGCAAAAGACGUAGGGAUGUUUUUAGAUGCUAGAGCAACAGAGCUUGUGUCUGGUGGCAUGCUGGUGCUAAUUAUAGGAUCCUUCCGAAAUGAGAUUUCUCCUUCUCACACGCUAGCUUCUGUGUUGUUCGAUCUUUUGGAGUCUACCCUGCUGGACAUGGCAAAAGAGGGAUUAAUAAGCAAAGCUCGGGUGGACUCCUUCAAUUUGCCUAUGUAUCUUGCUACUCCUAACGAGAUGACAGAGAUCAUAGAAAAAAAUGGGCGCUUCAAAAUUGAGAGGGCUGAGUUUUUUAACCCAGAAUCUGCUAUUAAAGUCUUUUGCAGUGGGCAGGCAUGCACCAUGCACUUUAGAGCUGGUUUUGAAGGAAUACUCAGCAAGCACUUUGGAAGUGAGAUUAUAGAUGAAUUGUUCCAUCGACAUUCCAAGAAAACUGAAGAAUUCUCCUCCCGACUGCAGUCUAGCUCCGAUGAAGGAACUCAACUAUUUCUUGCUCUCAAGCGGAAAUGAUUCCUGCACUUCUAAGCUUACAUAUUUAUUAGCUCUUUUGAUUGCUGGCUUGCAACCUAGUUUUCCUGUGCCCUACGCUAGUUUUACAAAAUAAAAUAAGUGGAUGCGCAACAUUGUAGUCUAUUGGCGUGAGAUCAAUAAUUAUAUUUCUGCUUCAAGAA